AUGGAUAACAAAGAAUGUUUUAUAAAUUUUUUAAAAGGAAUGAUAGGUCCUGGUAUUUUAUCACUUUCAAUGGCAUUUAAAGAUGCUGGAUUAAUAACUGCAUCUAUUACAAUAAUUAUUAUUGGUAUAAUUAAUACAUAUUGUAUGAUAAAAUUAAUUGAAUGUUCAAAAUAUUUUUCAAUAAAAUAUAAAAUAAAAAAAAUUGAUUAUGGUUCUUUAGCAUAUUAUGCCUCAAAAGAAAUCAUGAAAAAAGAUACUAUAAAGACAAAAAUUUUUCCUAUUAUUGUAUGGAUAUGUUUAUUAUCACUUCAAAUUGGUAUUUGUUCUGUAUUUUAUGUUUUUGUUGGAACAUUAACAAAAGAAUUAGUUGAAAAGAAUUAUAGUAAUAUUAUUUAUGAUAUUAGAUUAUAUUAUAUUGGAUACCUUAUACCAUUUAUAAUUUUAGGUUCUUUUAAAUCCAUAAGAACAUUAACAUUUUUAAAUUUAUUUGCAAAUAUACUACUAGGAUUAUCACUUUUAUCAAUUUUUUUUAUAUUAAUUUUAUCAAAACACUCUUAUAGUGAAAUAAAAUAUUACACAAAUAUUAAUGGUAUUUUUACAAGUUUAGGAACUAUAAUGUAUGCUUUUGAAGGUCAGGCAUUAGUAAUUCCAUUGGCAAAUCAUAUGAAAGAAGACAAUAAUAUGAUUAAAAUUUUAAUAUAUGGAAUGAUGAUUAUAACAGUAAUAGCAGAAUCUUCAGAUUUUAAAAUAAUUAUGUGUGAUAGUGAUCAAUUAAAAAAUAAUGAAAAUAUUGUUGAUGAAGGCAAUGUUGUUUUAAGGAAAAAAAAACCAACGCUUCAAAUUUAUAAACCACCAUGUUCACGAAGUUCUACAAUAGAGGAUGAAAAAAAUGAUAAUACAUAUUCAAUAACAAAUAAUUCAUCUAAUAUUAAAGGAAGCAGCUUAAAUCAGAGCGGAAAAUUAAAAGAAAACAAUAAUAAAAAUCAUUCUAAAAUUUCUAACGCUUUAAUUUCAACAACUAUGAAAGAAUUUCCAAAAAAGAAAGUAUUUGGUAGUAAAGAAAUUGAAGAAAUUACAAAUGGAUUAAAAAGAAUCAAUGCUAUAAAAGAUACAACACUUAUUGAUGAUUUUUUAUCUUCAAAUAUGACUAAUUCAAAAAUUUCCUCAGAAUUAGGAUUAUUUUUAGUUAAAUUUGCCGUUGAAGAAAAUAGAGUGGAGGCUAAAAAUACAGCAAAAAUUUGUGCACAUUUACUUGAUUGCCCUACUGGUGACCCAUUUCAUAAAAACUUGAUUAAUAGUUUAAAACAAUAUUUUGAAUGCCGAGAUCAGUUACGUGAAAAUCAUUUCAAAAUUUGGACUACUUUUAUUAAUUUUAUUAAUGAGACAUUUGCUAAUAUUGGUUUUACAUAUGAAGGUGACCUUGUUGAACUUAUCUUUACAACAUUUGAAUAUUUACUUUUACCACCUACUUUGCAUAAUUUAAGAAUUGAAGAAUUAGAAUGCCUUAUUAGUGGUUUAUUAGCAAUUGGAUAUGACUUAGAAAGAGUCUGCCCAGAAAAAUUAGGAUCCCUUAAAGAGUUGAUUCGUGAUGCUUUAAUUGAAGUUCAAGAACCAUGGGCAAGAAAAAUGAUUAUGUUAUUGAUGGAGUUGGGGGCUAGUGGUUGGAAAUUACCAACAGAAGCUAAUGAGUAUUACUUUCAUUGA